GACGGUUUAUUUUGACGUUUGGCUGCAUUCGAGAAUUUUGUUGGCUAAUUAGACUUGGUUAGCGCCUACAUAAAAGCCAGACAGGCUAACAGACAUUGUGGCGGACAUUUGUAUGUAUGUGCGUAAGUGUGUUUCUUACUCCAGCAAAUGGCAUUUGAAGAGGAUGCUGCAUGCGAGCACGCAACCAUUGAAGGCGCAUUCAGUAAGACUUUGGAAACGUGCGCCUUUGUGUGUUUGAAAAGGCCUACCUAUUGUCAUAUAGAAUGUGGCUGAUCUAUUGUUGUUUGGCACAACUCCUGACAGGCAUGACCAUAGCAGGUGUUGCAGAAAACGAUGGUCGGCCAGUGUUACAAAGGAAAGAAUUUGUAACGCUUCAUAAAUGGACUGAGCUGAAAUUAACGGUGCCGGAGAGUUAUCAGCAGCCAUCGACGCUGGAUGCUAUACGAUUUGCACAAGAUAAGCUCUUGCCAGUAGAUGUUGAUGUGGAGUACGGUGAUGAUGGUUACCACCGCACCUUCCUUACAAUUCCACGUUUGAGCAACGGCGUUCUUUACUCACUCACUGUGGUCGCUGAUAGUGAUAACUCGACUGUUCUCAAUCCCUUUCUGGUGCCCUAUCCCAGCUAUGACUGGCACUUGAGUUUUGGACAAAAUUGCAGCACUAUAACAUCGGCGAUAAGAACUUUUAUUGAUGACUGCUGGCGUUUAUGGGUAGUUGAUUUGGGUCAAAUUAAUGGUAUUCAAUAUUGUGCACCUCAAAUACUGGCUUUCGAUUUGGUCACAGAUCAGCUGAUACACCGUUAUAUUAUUCCUGCAUCACAGUACACGCCUGGUGUAUCGAUUUUCACGGCACUCGCUGUAGAUGUGGAUGAAUCUGCGCCGAGUUUGGAGUGUGUUAAUGCUAUGGUCUAUAUUGCCGAUCCUUGGGGCUAUGGUUUGAUUGUUUACAAUAUGGCGCAAGGUCAGUCUUGGCGCAUACAAAACACCCACAUGCAACCAGAUCAACUGUUGACCCAAGACAAGACGGGCAGUAGUGGCAUUUUCACAGUGAGCAUUAGUCCUCGGCAACACAACAAAGAAGAAGCUGAUCGGCGUCUGUAUUUUCACGCGCUUAAUAGCUUUCUAGAAGUAAGUGUACCAUUAUCUUUGGUAAACAAUGCUUCGCUCUGGACACUUCCCAGUAAUUCAGAAAAGCAAGAUGAGCUAUACGAUCAGUUUAAAAUAAUCGGCAGCCGUGGCAUACAAUGUGAGUCCGAAGCAAUGGACAAUGAUGGUAAUUUAUAUUGCAGUUUGAUUAGUUCAAGUGCGUUGACCGCUUGGAAGGAGGACAGCGAUUACGAUUCAGAUAAUUUGAAGGUAGUCGCCUACAACCCAGAGAGGCUACGAUUCGUCACAGGAUUAAAGAUUAACCGAAAUAAUCUUGAGGAAGAUGAACUGUGGGCUUUGAGCAGUAAUCCUGAGCUUUUUGUUGGCGCAAAAGUACAGACCGACGAUAUAAAAUUCCAAAUAAUUGGUUGUCGUGUCAAAAAUUUGCUGGAGAAUGAGCCUUGCUCAGUGGUAAUAAAUCAUUUACGGAGAGCGUGAAUGAAAAUUAAAAUAAUGUAAC